CCUAUGAAUCAAGUGAAAUUGAAAUAAAAUGUUGGUUAAUAGAAUAAACUGAGAGAGCUGAGCCGUAUUUCAACCAUCUAUAAAUACACAUUCUCACAUCAAAGAAUGAACUGAGAGAGCUGAGAUGUAUGGGAGCUAGAAGAAGAAAAUAGAUUCACUUAAGAAAUCCAACAAAGAGGAGACAAAGUAUGAAGAGGAGGAGGAAGAAGAAAAAUUAACCUGAUGAUGUACGGCGGAAAUGGCGGAUUGCAUAGAUGAAAGAAAGCAUUUCAAUCUCGAUGGCGACACGGAUCGGGAGGCGUUCAAGUCAAAAGUUCCGGUGGUCACCUACGAAGAUAUCCUGCCUUUCAUCCGACGAAUAGCUGACGGAGAUCGCUCCCCAAUUUUGAGCUCUCAACCCGUCUCUGAUUUCAUCAUCAGCAGCGGAACUUCAGGUGGCGAAGGAAAACUCAUUCCACCCAUUAAACAAGAUCAGGAUAUCCGACUAAAGCAAUUCGUGAAUAGUUAUGACUGAACUAUAUCAGUUUGCUCAGUCAUGAAUAUUUGUACGGUUUUGUGAUUCCAACUGAUAUAAAUGUAUCAAAAAACUGAUAUAGCUCUCAUUUAACCACUAAA